GAUGUUGAUUAUGAGGCUACCUUGACUACCAAACUUGCUAUUGCGAAUAAAGUAUUUGCUCAAGAGAAGGAUUUGAUUCUUAAUUCCAGUUCCUUCGAGAAAUUUUUUUCUGAGAAUCAGGAUUGGCUAAAACCCUAUGCUGCCUUCUGUUUUUUACGGGACUUCUUUGAAACAUCAGAUCACAGUCAAUGGGGUCGGUUUUCUCAUUUUUCAAAAGAAAAGCUAGAGAAACUCGUCUCCAAAGACAGCUGUCACUAUGACAUAAUCUGCUUCCAUUAUUAUAUCCAAUUUCAUUUGUAUGGACAACUGUCAGAAGCUGCAGAUUAUGCAAGAAGGAAAGGUGUAAUAUUGAAAGGAGAUCUACCUAUUGGUGUUGACAGAAACAGUGUGGAUACCUGGGUCAAUCCAAAUUUGUUCCGCAUGAACACAUCCACUGGAGCUCCUCCAGAUUAUUUUGAUAAAAAUGGGCAGAAUUGGGGUUUCCCUACCUACAAUUGGGAGGAGAUGUCGAAAGACAACUAUGCAUGGUGGCGUGCUCGUUUGACACAGAUGGCAAAAUACUUUACCGCUUACAGAAUUGAUCACAUUUUGGGUUUCUUUCGUAUCUGGGAGCUCCCAGAACAUGCCAUGACUGGGCUUGUUGGGAAAUUUCGACCUUCCAUUCCACUAAGUCAGGAGGAACUUGAAAGAGAGGGCAUAUGGGAUUUUGAUCGCUUGAGUCGCCCAUAUAUUCUGCAGGAAUAUUUACAGGAUAAAUUUGGAGCUUCAUGGACUUUUAUUGCCUCAAAUUUUCUAAAUGAAUAUCAGAAGAACCAUUAUGAGUUUAAGGAGGACUGCAACACUCAGAAGAAAAUUGCUUCCAAGCUGAAGUCAUUCGCAGAAAGGUCUCUGUUGCAGGAUGAAGACAAGAUACGGCAUGAACUCUUUGAUCUUAUACAGAACAUAGUUCUCAUAAGAGAUACAGAAAAUCCAAGGAAUUUCUAUCCUCGUUUCAAUCUUGAAGAUACUCCAAGUUUUAAUGAUUUGGACGACCACAGCAAAAACGUAUUGAAAAGAUUAUACUAUGAUUACUACUUCCACCGGCAAGAAAAUCUGUGGCGGGAGAAUGCUUUGAAAACGUUACCUGCUCUGCUUAACUCAUCAGAUAUGCUCGCCUGUGGGGAAGAUCUGGGGCUUAUUCCUUCUUGUGUUCAUCCUGUGAUGCAAGAACUAGGAUUAAUAGGUUUACGCAUUCAGCGCAUGCCCAGUGAACCUGAUUUGGAGUUUGGUAUUCCUUCUCAAUAUGGCUAUAUGACGGUAUGUGCUCCGUCAUGCCAUGACUGCUCAACCUUGCGUGCUUGGUGGGAAGAAGAUGAUGAAAGAAGGCAGCGAUAUUUUGAGAAUGUGGUGGGGUCUGACAUGUCACCACCUGCUCGAUGUGUUCCAGAGAUUGCACAUUUCAUCUUAAGGCAACAUGUUGAAGCUCCAUCAAUGUGGGCCAUUUUUCCGCUUCAGGAUUUGUUAGCGUUGAAAGAAGAAUACACAACACGCCCUGCAAAAGAGGAGACGAUCAAUGACCCCACAAAUCCCAAACACUAUUGGAGAUACCGUGUACAUGUGACAAUGGAGGCUUUGAUCAAGGAUAAUGAACUCAUAUCGACCAUCAAGGAUCUUGUCCGUUCGAGUGGAAGAUCAUAUCCGGCAGUACAAGCUGAACAACAACCUAGUCAGGAAUCAGCAGCAGUUGCAGGUACAGAGAAGCAGAAAAUGUCCAGCAGCAAAGAUAAGGUUCACCCGGCAGCGUCAUUGAACGGAGUUCCACAGAAGGAGAUCGUGGCUGUUCGCUGAUGGUGUUCGUGUAAUGUGAAGGAGCUUAGUUAAUAAGCAGAAAAUAAGCCGACUGUCAACAAGAAUCUGCAUAUUGUGUGCUUGUUGAAGUCUAGUUCUCUUUCCACGACCAUCCAAAACCUUUUAACAAUAAAUAAUGGAAUAAAAAAUAAUGGCAGUACUAAUGUGUUGAACUAUCAAUACCCUAUGAAAUAGAUUGGCUGGCUGGCUUAACAAUGCUCUCUAUUUUGGCAGGUUGUCAAUUUUUUUCUCUUUUUUUUUUUUGGGGGAGUUGUUAUUGACACUUUAAAAUGUUAUUAAGCAUCAUUUUAUAUAUAAAAUUCUCUUGUAUUUGGAUAAAUAAUAACUAUUUUGGAGUA